UUAUAAACGUAUAUAAAGUGUGGCAUCAAUCGAAUAGUUCGCAGAAAGACGUACAGUAACGCGAGAGAAACAUGUCUCUAAAAUUCUUCACUUUUCUAUUCCUCUUACUCAUUGUCGAGUCGUUCGGUGCUUCUGUUUAUGAAACAAAACGAAAUUGUAUACCGGGUAAAAGUUACUUUGAUGGAUGCAAUACUUGUCUUUGUGAAGGAAGUGGAGGUAUAAUCUGUACCUUGAAAUACUGUGAAAUAAUCGAUCCCAAAACUGGUACUACGAAAAUGGCAGAACACAUACCCCCUCCGGACGAUUUUUGGAGUAACUAGCGUUAUUAAUCAUUUAUAAGUACAUUAGCACUUGAUCAGUCGUUCAAGUUGUCGUGGGCAGAAUAAAUUAGAAUGUCAUAAGCUUUUCAACGAACUAUUGUAUAUCUGAUCAGUAACAAACAAGAUAUUUAAAAAGAAUAAAUUAUCAUCUCAAAAACUGAA